UGAAGUUCAGGCCGAAGAGCUCAAGGAAUUCGAGCCAGCGAGUGAUCUGCACUGCAAGAAGCUCUCUGAAGUCGUCGGCAGCAUGCAAUCUGAAGUUCACGCCGAAGAGCUCAAGAAAUUCGAGCAAACUAGUGAUCUGCACUGCAAGAAGCUCUCCGAUGUCGUCGAUGGCACACAAUCUGAAGUUCAGGCCGAAGUGCUCAACAAAUUCGAGCAAGCGAGUGAUCUGCACUGCAAGAAGGUCUCUGAUGUCGUCGGUGUAGCAUGCAAUCUGAAGUUCAGGCUGAAGAGCUCAAGAAAUUCGAGCAACCUAGUGAUCUGCCCUGCAAGAAGCUCUCCGAUGCCGUCAAUGGCACACAAUCUGAAGUUCAAGCCGAAGCGCUCAAGAAAUUCGAGAAAACGAGUGAUCUGCAUUGCAAGAAGCUCUCCAAUGUCGUCAAUGGCGAACAGUCUGAAGCUCAAGCCGGAGUGCUCGAGAAAUUCGAGCAAACGACUGAUCUGCACGGCAAGAAGCUCCCCAAUGUAGUCGUUGACGAACAGUGUCAAGUUCAAGCCGAAGCGCUCAAGAAACCCGACCACGCGAUUGAUCCUAAAGUGGCAGCACCGGCACGCGAGGAGGAGCACACGAAGGAAGACGAAGAAGUGGCGGCCGAGCGAAGGCAAGACGCUCUCGCGGAAGAAGAUGACGACGGCAUCCUGUGCGCGGUGUGCCGGAGCACCGACGGCGACCCGUCGGACCCCAUCGUGUUCUGCGACGGGUGCGACCUCAUGGUGCACGCCACCUGCUACGGCAACCCGCUGGCCCAGUCCAUCCCGGACGGCGACUGGUUCUGCUCGCUCUGCUCCGGCAAGCCCCCCGCCGCCGCCGUGGGGAAGAAGGGCAAGCCGGCGCGCCCGCCCUGCCGCCUCUGCCCGGCGAGGGGCGGCGCCAUGAAGCGCACCACGGACGGCGCCUGGGCGCACAUCGCGUGCGCGCUGCUGGUGCCGGAGGUGUUCUUCCGGGACCCGGACGGGCGCGAGGGCAUCGACUGCUCCCUCGUGCCCGGCCGGCGGUUCACCAGGCGCUGCUACGUCUGCGAGAGCAGCAGGGGCUGCGCGCUCGAGUGCUCCCAGCCCAAGUGCGACCUCGGGUUCCACGUCUCCUGCGGCCUCAACGGCGGCCUCUGCAUCGAGUACCGCGAGGAGAAGGGCGGCGGCGUCGUCGCCGGCUUCUGCAGGGAGCACACCAAGCUCUGGGAGAAGCAACAACUGACUGGCAAGUACAAGAUUGUUUCUCGAGGGCAGCAGUGACAUGGAGAUUGAAGAGAAGAAUCUGCCGAUCAAUUGCUAUGGAUUGGUGAAGAAUUGCAUCGAUCUCAUAAUUGUCUAGGAUUGUGUCAUUGUUCGUUCUAGUGUUUUCGUUUUCUCCUUUUGGUGUGCCUUCUGCAAUCUUCAGAUAUGGUAGAAGAUUAGAAGUGUGUCAUGGCAUGUACUGUAGUUACUUUGGAGUUUUAUUGCCAUAGUUUUAUGGUGUAGUAUGUAGAAAGCAUGUAGUAGUAGCUGUUAAGCUUCAGCUCACUUCUGAUGUCAAGAAGUUGGGUUGCUCCUACCUCUUUAGAGACUUGGAUUAUUUUCAAUAAGCAGAGUUUGAAGUCUAUAGGUUGGAUUAACAGUCUCUAGUUGUAAUUUUGUGUCAGUAUAUUGAAAUAAGAGCAUGUAUUUUCCACA